UUGACCCCGUGCUUCUAAACAGGGAUCGCUCCAUGAUCCGCAGGUCGGUGGCUGCUGCUGUUGUGAAAGAGAAGAAGAAGGAACUCUCCGCGUGUGAACCAGGCUGAAGGGCGGUCUCAUCUCCUCGCUACACUCCGUCGUCUGCGCGUGUGCUCCGGCUGCAAGUGAAGGUUGUCUUUGCCUCCGCUCCGACAUAACGAACCACGGGGACAAGCCAACGGUUAGCAGAGAAGGGAAGUGGGCUCCGCUGUCUCUUUCCGUCAGGCAGAUGCUUCCAGCUGCCCAGCUUGACAAGAGUGAAGGGGUGUGUCAACUAGCAGAUGAGGCAGUCCUGGACGAUGUCAUCAGACUAAAGGAGUCAUCUGCAGUGUUGACACAAGAGCAAGACCGAGGGGGGAUAAGGAAAGAGGAGGAGAAGGAGGAGGUCAACAACAUAGAAUACAGAAGAAUGGGUGUGGGGAAAAACACCACCUCCAAGUCAAUGGACAGCGGCAGUGAGGGAGUAAAAUAUGAAGAGGAGAGCAAACAUGGAGCAGAUUUCUACCCUAUACCGGUGGUGGUCAGUGGAGUCAAUGGUGCCAGUGGAGACCAGGACACUGAGAACACAGAACUAAUGGCCAUAUACACAAAAGAUAUUCAAGGUGCAGAAAAGAGCUCGAUGUCCGAGACAUUGGACAGCACAGACAGUAUGGACGCAAGAAGGAUGGAUAUGAUCUAUACCAUUGAAGACACCCCACCCUGGUACCUGUGUGUAUUCUUGGGCUUACAGCACUACUUGACGUGUUUCAGUGGGACGAUCGCGGUGCCGUUCCUCCUCGCUGAGGCGAUGUGCGUCGGGUUCGAUCAGUGGGCCACCAGUCAGCUCAUCGGGACCAUCUUCUUCUGUGUGGGGAUCACCACCCUGCUACAGACCACAGUGGGCUGCAGGUUACCUUUGUUCCAAGCCAGUGCUUUUGCCUUCCUGGCACCAGCCAGAGCCAUCCUGUCCCUGGACAAAUGGAAGUGUAAUAAUACAGUGGUUCCAGUACUGAACAGCACCGAGCUCUUCAACACGGACGACAUUUGGCAUCCGAGGAUACGAGAGAUCCAGGGGGCCAUCAUCGUGUCCUGCCUGAUUGAAGUGUGCAUUGGGGCCCUUGGUCUUCCCGGGAUCCUCCUGAAGUACAUCGGACCCCUGACCAUCACCCCCACUGUAGCACUCAUUGGCCUUUCUGGUUUCCAGGCUGCAGGGGAAAGGGCUGGAAAACACUGGGGCAUUGCCAUGCUGACUAUCUUCUUGGUGCUGCUGUUCUCACAGUACGCGAGAAAUGUUAAUUUCCCUUUCCCGGUCUACAAAGCCAAAAAAGGCUGGACUUCUUAUAAACUUCAGGUCUUCAAAAUGUUUCCUAUCAUCAUGGCUAUUCUGGUGUCAUGGCUGUUAUGCUUCAUUUUCACAAUAACGGAUGUUUUCCCGCCGGAUAAAAACAAAUAUGGGUUCUACGCCCGUACAGAUGCUCGUCAAGGAAUCGUCACGGCGGCGCCGUGGUUUAAGAUCCCAUAUCCUUUCCAGUGGGGUUUUCCAACUGUAACCGCAGCAGGUGUGAUUGGGAUGAUGAGUGCUGUGGUGGCCAGCAUCAUCGAGUCCAUUGGAGAUUACUAUGCCUGUGCUCGCCUCUCUGGUGCUCCUCCACCUCCCAUCCAUGCAAUCAACAGGGGGAUAUUUGUGGAGGGUAUUUCCUGUGUGCUGGACGGGCUUUUUGGCACAGGAAAUGGCUCUACCUCCUCCAGUCCAAAUAUAGGUGUCCUGGGAAUCACAAAGGUGGGCAGCAGACGUGUGAUCCAGUACGGAGCCGCCAUGAUGCUGCUGCUGGGGAUGGUGGGUAAAUUCAGCGCCCUGUUUGCCUCUCUGCCCGAUCCUGUCCUGGGAGCUCUGUUCUGCACCUUGUUUGGUAUGAUCACUGCAGUUGGACUGUCCAACCUGCAGUUUGUUGACCUCAACUCCUCCAGAAACCUCUUUGUCCUGGGCUUCUCCAUCUUCUUCGGUCUGACGUUGCCAAGCUACCUCAAAAAAAACCCGCUGGUGACAGGAAUAGUUGAGAUUGACCAAGUGCUGAAUGUCCUCCUCACCACGGCCAUGUUUGUUGGAGGCUCCGUCGCCUUCAUUUUGGACAAUACUAUCCCUGGUUCUCCUGAGGAGCGAGGCCUCAAGAAGUUGAAGCGUGGAACGGGCGUCAAUGGUGCAGAACUGGAAGGGAUGAGAUCGUACGACUUGCCGUUUGGAAUGGACUUCAUUCACAGACACCCCAUCUUCAAGUACAUCCCCAUCAGUCCUGCCUUUACAGGCUACCAGUCUUUGAGGCCACAGAAAACCUGCAGGAGAAGAAUGGGACCUGGAGAAGUGGUGAAGGGAGGAGGAACGGGAGGCGAGGGAGACUCGGCAGCAGGGGAGAGUCGGGUAUAGUCGGGAAGGAAUAAAAUGUGGCUGGAUUUGGGGAGCAGGGGAUGUACACUAAGGAUAAAGGACUGAGGAGGAAAGACCGAAGCAGAGCAGGAUUUUGAAUUGUAUGUUUGAAAAUGUGAUGCCUCCCCAUCAUUAUUUGUUUACUUUAUUUUGUGACUGUUUGUCUACUUGCCCACUAUAUUGGUUAAAGCAUGCUUAAGCAGGUCACAGCAUGUUUUUAAAAGAUGUCACCACACAGAGGUUAGUUGGUGUGUGUGUGUGUGAAUGUGUCUCCGGUUAGCAGUGAGAGGUGACUGCACAUUAUCCUCAAGUGAGAGGCGAUAGACGUGGAACAAUCACAGCUGAACGGUUGGUAAUUCACUUCUGCUGACUUUCGUGUGCCAUGUCAUUUUUGACACAUUCUCCGAAAAGUGCGCUAGAUUUGAAUGUGUCGAUUUUAGGAUUAUGCAAAAUUACUGUUCCAAAUCUCGAGGCUCAUUAUGCAACCGCUUUAGAGAUGCACACACAUGCUUAAACACCAACCGCCUCACCAGAACUAGUGCAACGAAGCACUUUGUGGUCAUGCAGACGAACGGAGACGGUUUGUCAGGUGCACUUAGCCAUGCAAAGUGAUUGUGAAGUUUAUUUUUGCACUAUCUGGCUCCUACAUUUAGAAUGUCUCUCCACAGCUUGUGCCCACAUGUCUUGAGUAAAACUCCCCAGAGACCCAUUUUUUAAAAUAUGUAGACUGCUGAUAUUCAUGGCAUCUCCCAUUUGAUCAGGGGAAAAUGUCACAAACCUUCUAGUUCAUGUCUCUUUACAGUCAGUAUUAUGCAUCAUCUGUAAACCAGACCAAGACGUUUAAUUAAGUUUUUUUAUUUUAUCUAAUAAUCAGCUGGUUUUACAUCUCCUCGCCUGAACUGCUGUAAUGACGAGAGUGAAUCUGCAAAUUUUUGGCCUCACAAAUAUGCAGAUCUUCUCUCACAAUCACUUGUGAGCAGAGAUUUAUGUAAAUGUAGGAUUAACUCUACCGUUAAUAACUACCACUAUCCAACCUAUGCGUUUUUUCAGUGUGUUCACUUAGCUGUUGUAUAACGUUACUUAGAACUUAGGGUGGUGGGGUUUUUUUUUCGAUGUAAUACUUUUUUUUUCCACUUUUAAUGGCUCUAAUGGAUUUUCCCUACAUUCCUCCUCCUCCCCGCCGCCCCUGCCACUCUCAUCCCACUUCAGCUUUUAACUCCUGUCGUUGUCGUGUCUGCUGUUGUUCGGACCUUUUUUAGUUCUCAAUGCAAAGAGCGAGUCCGUUGACCUCUCUGCCGCUGCUUCUACAAGAAAAACAAACAGCAGUUUGUGAAAUACCAUACGUCAUAUAAAAGUAAAAAGUAAACACAAAGGGGAAAAUAACCAAUAGAAAACAGAAGGUAAUUCACAUUUAGUCCAAGAGAUUUUUACUUCAUCCGAGUUCUAAAAGCUCUUAAUGUUCACUUUUUGCUCUGUGACCAAAAACCAAUACUUUUCAUUAGCAUUGGCAGUUGCAGUUGAGAAUCUUCAUCUCAUGCCUUUUAUCACUUGUGUUUUAGCUAUUUAUUUAUUUAUGCAAAGUUGGUGUUGAACGAUGGCUUGAAGCAGGUCUAUUUGCCGCUUGCACAAUGUUGAAAAUAUAUUUAUUGUUACACUUUUUGUCUAUUUUCUACUGCUUUAUCCUCCACAUGAGGGUCGCGGUGGGCUGGAGCCAAAUCCCAGCUGACAACAUAUAUACUUGAUAAGAAUAGGUGUAAUGAUGAUGAUGAUGAUGAUGACUACAUGCUCCUCUCUCUCCCAGCCUCUGGAACAGUUCAUGCUUUUAAAACAUCUCACCCCAAGGUCAACAGCUCGUCAUAUAAGUUAGUCAUGUAAAAAGCUCGCUGCUUCUACUUCAUUCCAAUUAUAUCAUGUUGUUUAAUAUAGAGGUGGAAAAAAAAACAAACACUUUUUUUUAAACAUUGAACUGGAUUGUCAUGUCAAAUUUCUGUCAGGGCCCUUUUUUUUAAAACAAGUACUGUUUGCACAUGUAACGGUGCCAAGAAAAUCAGGGUCAGGGAGUGAGACAUUCUCACUGACUUCAACCUCUGUAAUGUCACUGUUGUGUUUAUACAGGAUAUUUAUUUUUUUCAUGACUCUAAAGCCUGAUCUUUUCUGAAUUUCUUUGGGCCCCACCUCAUCUCUCUUUACAUCACUCUCAUGAUUUAGUCAUUAUCAAAAGACACUGCUACCAUCUGUCUCAAAUUGGAAUUUGGAACAUCACAGUUCUCGAAAUACUAAAUACUUCACGGGCACCAUUUUCAGUUGCCCGUGUCGGUAUAUGCAGUAAAUAAGGUUAAUAUUUACAGUGGUAUAACAUCAGUGAUCUCAUUUAGGCUGCAGUAGGCAGGAUCAAUGGAAUCUAAAACACCCUGGUUUUGGAAUUGUUGCUCCCUGGCUCUGAGCUCUGAAGUGGAGCAGCUCUAUGAACUGCCCUGUGAUUGGUCAAAGCCUCCCAAUCACACUAUAGAUUUAGUUUUAAGGCGCAGUAGUGGCGCUCUGUCUCAGAUCAGUUGAUACACAUUAUGCUAAUAAUGCAAUUUUUAUGUUUAAAGUCACAACAUUUGGUGCAGCGCGAGAUUCACCAAAUAUUCUACCAUCCUUAGUAGACGGUUAAUAAUCUCACCAUCUUGAUAGCUGUUAACCGGUGGAGUUUUUGUCUGUGUGCUGCACAUGACGUGCACAAAUAAUCGCGACUUGUGACUUUUGUUCCCUGUGUCAUAUUACAUGCGACUAGCACUUAAAUUUAAAAAAGUUCUUUCUGGACACUUGCAUACUUGUUGAAGUCCUUAAUUCCUGCAGAGAACCUGUCAUGUUUAGUUGUUUCUGGAUGCAGGAGAAGACACAGAGCGGCCAUCUUAUUAAGAGCCUGUUGGCAGCUGAGUGAACCUGCCUUAUUACUUAACAGCAAGAAGAACAUUGGACAACUUUGUGCCUAAAUUCAUCUUCCUCUUAAUGUCCAAUUUUACCCCCACAGUUAUCUUACACUGUCCCCUUUCUUUCUUUAUUUUUUUUUAAAUCCUCGAUACAUGCAUGUGUGAAUGAGUCACACAUUGUCACAACAGAAAUGGCUCAAUUACAGUAGCCACACCUCAGAUUUACUUCAUCAUUUACAUAAAAGAAACAAACCGAUGGCUCUUGAGAAGGUGGUCAUAAGGUGCAUAACACAAAUACAUCAGUUUCUUUCAGUUAUCUUGAAGGGGAUGCUACAUGAAAACAAAUAUAUACUAUGUUUUAUCUGUGUUUUAUCUUUUCCAAUGUGUCUACUUUUAUACAUCAUGUUAUGUUUUUGCAAGUAAAUAUUUGUAAGAAACAAAUCAUAACUUUCAAUCUUAAAUCAUGCUGAACAGCAGACAAUUUUGUUUACUUUUUCUCUAAAAGGUAAAAAAAAACAACCAAUAUUUAAAUUCUAUUUUGAGUAUGUGGUGUGGUGGAAUUCUUUUCCAUAAUACCAUACUUGGUGUUUGUUUCGUAGGACCUUUUUAAAAUUGUAUUUUUUUACUCUAACAUUGCUCUCUCUCCAUGUCAUUGCAUUACAGUAUACUUUGCUGGUAAUGUGAAACUUUACCAGUAAACUUUAAAUAUGUAAACAAAUAAAUGUAUAUUUAAAGGAGUAAAGUUUGCUAAACCUUCUGGAAAGAAAUUGUGUAAACUAAAUAGUAGCAAGAAAUUGUGUUAUUCUUUGUUCCUAAAGCUAUUUAAUAAGAUGUUACUGAAUGAA